CUGAAUAAUCAGAAGCCGGAAGUGACGUCAGGUCGAACUUGUCGCUAUCUAUCUUGCUCUGUAGAAGUUAUUAGCCAGCAAAAUAUCAUUUUCUCGUUAAAUACUGCGUACUUUUAUCCAUCUCGCAGUUUUUAUACAGUACACAGGUACCUGAGUAAUUCGACUAUGCUCACAAUUUUAUUGUUCUUACUUCCCGUUUUGUUAAAUAAGCCCACCUGUCAAAUUGAUCUAGCCAGUUAGCUUGUGGUAGCUAGCUAGUGUAGCUAACGGUUAAGUAGGUGGGCGAGAUUUUUCAGCGCUUAUAGCUUUAAUGUUGACUACAUAAAGUCAGAAAGAGGUUUAUUAAUGGCAUCUCGGCAGACCUUCACAGACACGGAUACUUCCGAUGAAGCAGUGAGGGCGACCUGUGACGAUGCAACCACAUGCAAAAGGUUUGCUACCAGUAAAGGCUACUGGAAGGACCCUUAUAUACAGUACUUUGCAAGAUCUGUAGGGGAGAGGAAGGCACCUGAAAUCAGCAGAGGUUACUAUGCCCGUGUUCAAGGAGUUAACCACCUCCUGGAUACAUUUAUUAGAAAAACAGAGUGUGACUGUCAAGUAAUCAACCUGGGUGCUGGACUAGACACUACGUUUUGGAGAUUAAAGGAUGAAGAUCUCAUGCCACGGAAGUUCUUUGAAGUUGACUUUCCAACAGUUGUGGCCAGGAAAAUACACAAUAUUAAGACUAAACCCCCCCUCUCCAAACCUCUUAUUGAAACCCACUCAGCAGACUCCUUAAUACUAGAUGCCCACAGCCUUGACUCAGAUCGUUACUGUAUCAUUGGAGCAGACCUCAGAGACAUCUCUAAUUUGGAUGAAAAACUGAAAAAGUUCCAGCUCAAUCCAGAAUUACCCACAGUGCUCCUGUCAGAGUGUGUGCUGGUCUACAUGACGCCCUCCCAGUCCUCCAAUCUAGUUCGCUGGGCAGCAGAAACCUUCCACACUGCCAUGUUCAUCAACUACGAACAGGUGAACAUGAGCGAUAGAUUUGGCCAGGUGAUGAUUGAGAACCUGCAGCGUCGCCACUGCACCCUGGCAGGAGUGGAGGCCUGCCAGUCUCUGGACUCUCAGAAGGAGAGGUUUCUGAGGACAGGCUGGGAGCAUGCUGAUGCUCUGGACAUGAUGACAGUCUACAGUAUGCUGCCCCAGAAUGAUGUGGCAAGAAUUGAGCAUCUGGAGUUCCUCGAUGAGAGGGAGCUGCUGCAACAACUGCUGCAACAUUACAGCAUCUGCUGGGCCACCAAGGACAAACUCAAACUGGGUCUGUCACAGUUGGCAUUUUGAAUGUGCAACUGCUCCACUGUUGGACAUGCUUUAAAUGUGUGUACGCCAAAAUCAACAACAGGAGAACAUGUGUGAAGGGCAACGUCGGAAAAGAGGAAGCCAUUAAGCUCCGUCAAGCCCUGGUCUUAGUGCUAUCCCAGCAUGAGAACUCCCUCUGUCAGCAGAAUGUGACUUCUGGAGCGUCCUUUCUAACCCUGUAUCACUGUGAUAAGGGGUGAUAUGAGAGCUGUGAAGAUGUUUGUCACUACACUGGCACUUAAUUACCAUCUGUAAAAUGGAUCGAGUUUGUUUUAUUCAUUUGCUCACUGAUGUAUUUUGUUAUUCUGUGAUUACACAUGGAAGUAUUGUUUUAAAAUCUGCUCCCCUGUGUUGGAGAUUAAAGAAUGUGUGAUGUUUGAACAAUUAAUUGUUCUUGUCUGGUUUCUAUGUGCCAUUUUGAUUUUAUUUAUUAAUCAAUUGUACUUCCCAGACUUAUUUCCUUACAAAACAUAAACGCAUGCUUUAGAAGAAGUGUCAAACUGUAAGAAAUGCAUCAUGUAUACAGCCUAUUCUUAAACUCUGAUUUCAAACAACAAAAAGAAUAUUACUGAUUGGUUUGUGAUUAUAUUUGAUGAAGGCUGAUUAAGUGCAGCUGAAUAAAAUAGUUUCCUUUUGUGUAA